AUGUCGUCGGAAAACGUGGAGAUCUUCUGGGCCAGCCGGCCCGAGAAAGAGAUCGUGCCCGACAAGACAUUUGCACGGCGGGUGAUCCCGACCCCGUCGUCGUCCGACCUGCAGGACGGCCAACUCCUGGUGGAAACGCUGUACGUGUCCCUCGACCCGGUCAUGCGCAGAUGGCUGAGCGAGCCCUCGCCCCCUCUGGACCUCCACAUCGGCGGCCGAAUGCUCAGCCCGACGCUGAGCCGGGUCAUUGCGUCGCGGUCACCCGACUACCAGGCUGGUGACCUGGUCACUUCGUGGGUCGGCUGGGUCAACUACGCCAUCGUCGACGCCGACAAGGUUGACAAGGCCCCUGUGCCGGAGGGCGCCAAGGUCAGCGAUGCUCUGGGCCAGCUCGGACUCACAGGCCUGUCGGCCUACUUUGGCAUGCUCCGGAUCGGCCGGCCCAAAAAGGGAGAAACAGUCCUGGUCAGCACCGCAGCUGGCGCCGUCGGCAACGUCGCCGCCCAGAUCGCCAAAAUCUACGGCGCCAAGGUGGUGGGCAUUGCUGGGGGCAAAGACAAGUGUCGCUUUCUUCUGGAGGAUCUAGGCCUGGACGCCGCCUUGGACUACAAAGCGCCGGAUUUUGAGGCCAGGUUUGCCGAAGCCGUCGACACUGGCAUUGACGUGUACUUUGACAAUGUGGGUGGCAAGAUCCUGCAGAUGGCCAUCGACAAGGCAAACAGGUUCUCCCGCAUCGUCAUCUGCGGCGCGGUGAGCACCUACAACCAGGCCGAUAGCAACGGUAGCAUCGACGAUACCCUCAAGCUCGCCUUGAAGUCGAUCACCAUGCAAGGGUUCAGCGUCCUCGAUUACAUUUCAGAAGCCGACAUCGCUCGUGCCGAUCUAAUCAAGUGGGCGCAGGAAGGCCGGCUGCGCCGCGUCGAGACCGUGGUGCGAGGCGGGUUGGAGUUGGCACCGACUGCACUGGCGGACAUGGUGGCGGGAAAGAAUAUGGGCAAGAUGCUGCUGGAGGUCAAGGCGGCAUGA